CGUAUCAAGUUUAUAAUUUGCCAAGAUUUCUUGGAAUUGAUUAUAAACGAAAUACGUCAUUAGCAUGGCACAAUGGGGAUAAUGUUAUGAAUAACUGUCAUUUUGGAAAAAUUACAUUUUGUCAUGUAUUACCGCCCAUGGUUUUCAAGUUAGGAUGUAAUGAAAAGAUUGAAAUAUUUGUGAGCUGUCAAUAG